CUUUUAAAAAAAGAAAGAAAUGACUAUAUUACAGAGACAUAUAAUAACUUGGAAUCAAGACUAGACCGUGUAAAUAGAUUAAAACAAAGAGUUGAGCAAGUUCGAAACAAGCGAGAAUUAGAACAUAACGAAAUUAUUGAACAGAAAAGAAAUGAACAAUUUGAAAGCAGUGCUGGUCCUUUAAAGGCUCUUAGAAAACACUACGCGGAAUUGGAACUUAAAAAAAGUCGCGACAAUCAAGUUUUGGUUUCAGCUGAAAUCGCACAAAAUGAAAAACAAGAAUUGGAGAUGUGGAAUAAUUUAAUUUAUAAAGUAUUAAUUAAUUCAAUUAUACAUAGAAAUCACAAAUGAGCGAAGAAAACGAAUUAAAUGAAAAAAAUAAAAAAAUGCAAGACAGCAUCGAACUCCGCAAAUUUCUAGAGAAACAAAUUGAAGAAAAUAAUUAUAAAAAACAACUUGAAAACCAAAAUGACGAAGAACUGACAAAUCGGUUAAUAAAUGAGACAAAACUCUAUGAACAACAAAAGGCAGUCAUGAAAAAAGAAAAUCAAAAGAAAACAAAAUUUAUGCUCGACCGUUGUGUGGAAUUUAAAAAAUUGAAAACUGAAAAUGAAAGACAGCAAGAAGAUUUAUACGAAAAAGAUAUCAUUGGAAUGGCCCAGUUAGACCAAAAUAAGGAAAGAAAUGCUAUUGCUCAAAGAAAAGUAAUAAAUUGA